AUGACCUCGCAGGCCCCAGCAGCGGCGGCCGCUGUGUUAGUUGCAACCAAGCACACGCCUGGCACCGACGAGUCUUGGCACGGCAAGAUUACUCCAGAGGGGCCUUUCCCUCCAGAGAAGGGCCGGUACCGUCUUUACAUUGGUCUGUUUUGCCCCUUUGCGCACCGGGCUCUAAUCGUGCGCAAUCUCAAAGGCCUCCAGGAGUUCCUCCCUGCCACUGUGGUGAAGCCGUAUCCCAAGGGUAACGACAACGGCUGGCCGGGCUGGAGGUUCCCCACUUCGGCUGAUGAGUAUCCUGGCGCCGACCUUGACCCACUGUUCGGUGCCAUCCAUCUCCACGACAUAUACUUCAAGGACGAUCCGCAGUAUAAAGGCCGUUACACCGUUCCAUUGCUCUGGGACGUGAAGAACUCUGUUGCCGUCAAUAAUGAGUCUCUGGAGCUGCUGCGCGAUCUGCAGACCGCCUUCGACCCGCUCCUGCCCGAGGGGAGCCCCGAGCGGGCCCUGACGUUGUAUCCGGAGGCGCUCCGCGCUGAGAUCGACCGAAUCGGGGGCUGGAUGCAGGACCACCUCAACGUCGGCGUUUACAAGGCAGGCUUCGCCGAGACGCAAGCCGAGUACGACGAACACGUACCCUACGUCUUUGCCGCACUCAACGUCCUCGAGCGCAUGGUGCACGCCAACGGCGGGCCGUACCUCCUGGGCGCCCAGAUGACGGAGCUGGAUGUGCGCAUGUAUGCGACGCUAAUCCGGUUCGACACGGUCUACGCGCAGCACUUCAAGUGCAACCUGGGCAUAAUCCGGCACGACUACCCGCAGCUGCACAACUGGCUCAAAAACCUGUACUGGAAUGUGCCAGCAUUCCGCGAGACGACCGACUUCAAGCACAUCAAGGAGAACUACACCAAGUCGCACCAAAGCGUCAACCCGCGCGCCAUCACGCCCUUGGGGCCGUGGCCGCACAUCGAGGAGGGGUACGAGCCUGACCUGGCCAAGGUGCGCGUCGGUGGCGUUAAGAUGCCAUGCGUAGUGGACCUCGAGGCUGUGACAGUCGGUGCUGUCCCGGAGUUAUCGACCGAGUCUGGGCGAAAGCCCGAGAUUCAUUAUCUGGGCACAUCCGUCGUGAUAAGUAAUAUAACCCAUUGUGUCGACGUCGCCAGUGAGGCCGUUCGCUUGGACCACACGACUGGCUUCAUCGCCCGCGAGGCCCGUGGCCAUCGAAAUAGGAUCAAGAUCGAAGGCCACUAA